AUGGGCAUGAAACACUCUUCCCGCUGCCUGCUCCUAAGGAGGAAAAUGGCGGAGAACGCUGCCGAGAACACCGAGGUCAGCAGUGCCCCCUCCCAACCUCCUCAGCCUGUUGUGGCCCCCAAACCUGCACAGUGUGUCCAUCAUGUAUCCACCCAGCCCAGCUGCCCUGGACGAGGAAAGAUGUCUAAACUGCUGAACCCGGAGGAGAUGACCUCAAGGGAUUACUACUUUGAUUCCUAUGCUCACUUUGGGAUUCACGAGGAAAUGCUGAAGGAUGAGGUGCGCACGCUUACCUACAGAAACUCCAUGUACCACAACAAGCAUGUGUUUAAGGACAAGGUGGUGCUGGACGUUGGGAGUGGCACAGGCAUCCUUUCUAUGUUUGCUGCUAAAGCAGGGGCCAAGAAGGUGUAUGGGAUCGAAUGCUCCAGUAUUUCUGACUACUCAGAGAAAAUUAUCAAGGCCAACCACUUGGACAACAUCAUCACCAUAUUUAAGGGUAAAGUGGAAGAGGUGGAGUUGCCGGUGGAAAAGGUAGACAUCAUCAUCAGUGAGUGGAUGGGUUAUUGUCUUUUCUAUGAGUCAAUGCUUAACACAGUGAUCUUCGCCAGGGACAAGUGGCUGAAACCUGGAGGGCUUAUGUUUCCAGACCGGGCAGCUUUGUACAUGGUAGCAAUUGAAGACAGACAGUACAAGGACUUCAAAAUUCACUGGUGGGAGAACGUGUACGGCUUUGACAUGACCUGCAUCCGGGACGUCGCCAUGAGAGAACCCCUGGUGGACAUUGUCGACCCAAAGCAAGUGGUGACCAAUGCCUGUUUAAUAAAGGAGGUAGACAUUUACACUGUGAAGACUGAAGAGCUCUCAUUCACAUCUGCAUUCUGCCUCCAGAUUCAGCGCAAUGACUACAUCCACGCCCUGGUCACCUAUUUUAAUAUUGAAUUUACCAAGUGCCACAAAAAAAUGGGGUUUUCCACAGCCCCUGAUGCUCCUUACACCCACUGGAAGCAGACAGUUUUCUACUUAGAAGAUUAUCUCACUGUCAGGAGGGGCGAGGAGAUCUACGGGACCAUUUCCAUGAAACCAAAUGCAAAAAAUGUGCGGGACCUUGAUUUCACAGUGGACUUGGACUUUAAGGGACAGCUGUGUGAAACAUCUGUAUCUAAUGACUACAAAAUGCGUUAG